UGUAAAUGUGAAAUACAGUUUAACUGUUGAUAACUUGAAUCAUAUCAUUUUGUAUGGUCGGCUAUGGUUGGUGUGCUGAGUUGACAAGACGCCUCUUCUAUGCGAUAGUGCACACGCAUACAUAUUAUCAUUGCGUGCUGACAUGGUCAAAUAUAAUAAAUAAUCUCCAGUAAAUAUUAAGCUUUGCUAUGCACAAGCAGUCGAUUAAUUCACUUCAGUAUAUUGUGAGCGUUUAAGGUUGAACAGUUCUUAGUGUUUAAGUUGUGUGGUUAAAAUGGCUACUUUAUGGACAAUUGUUCAAGUGAUAUUGUUCAUUAUUGCUCACACAAAUGGAUAUUGUAAUGAUACAUACGAGCAACGUAGUGAAUACAAUUUCAAUCGCUACUAUUGCUAUUAUUGCAAUGUUACCCAAAAAAAAAUGGCGAAUGGACUGUUGAAGGAUUAGAUUCAAAUUUGUACGGUGUCAGUUAUAAUAGAAUAAUUAUAAUAUCAAUGCAGAAUCUUAAAUUUAGCGACUUUACAUUGCAAACUGUCAUCACAGAUGACAUAGCUUUUUAUUUUGGUAUCGUUGAGCUGAUUAUUGAGGAUUCGCAAAUUGACAGAAUUGUAAACUUUGCUUUUCCUAAACAAAAAUCAUCUAGAUAUGGUACACGUGAUGUUAAUUAUCGCUUCGUAAGUUUUAAAAACAAUAAUAUAUCAACAAUUGAAGAAAAUGCCUUCAAUAAUUUAGAAAGUGUUACAAAAUUUUCAUUUUCAAAUAAUAUUGUCGGAAAUAAAAUAGGAACUAUUACUUCGCUUAGUAAACUGGUUAGUGUAACGAGUUUAGAUUUAUCAAACAAUAACUUAACAAGCAUUUCAAAUGAGUUGUUUACUGCUAAUAUAAAUAUUCAAUAUUUGAAUUUGUCUAAUAGCCAGAUAAAACACAUUGUUCCCAAUGCAUUUAUAUAUCUUUCGAAAUUAGAAGUUCUCGAUUUGUCAAUGAAUAUGUUAUUAAAUGUACACCAAAACAAUUUACUAAAUUUAAAGGAUAUCAGUUAUAUCUUUCACAAUUUAUCAGCACUACAUACAUUAAUUUUAUUUGGUAAUAAUAUAUCAAAUUUUGAUAAUGCAUUAGGUUAUCUUCCGUCAUUGGAAGAACUCGAUUUAUCACAUCAAAAUUUAAACAGUAUAUCAAACGAAUUGUUUCCAGAAAUCAGUGCUUUAAGGAAAUUGAACAUGUCUAACAAUAUAAUAAGUAAAAUAACUCCAAAUGCAUUUAAGAAUUUGAAAGAGCUGAUGAUUUUAGAUUUGUCAAAUAAUAAAUUAAAUGUAUUGAAUCCAAUAUCAUUACAAGAUUCACAAAAUCCAAAUACACCUAAGUACAUUUUUGAUAAUCUUCAAAAAUUACACACCAUAAUUUUAUUUGUUAAUAAUAUAUCAAAUUUUGAUAAUGCAUUAGGUUAUCUUCCAUCAUUGCACAAACUCGAUUUAACAUAUCAAAAUUUAAGCAGUAUAUCGAACAAAAUGUUUCCGGAAAUCAGUGCAAUAAAAUACCUAAAUAUAUCAAACAAUAAAAUCAAUCAAAUAUAUCCGAAUACAUUUGUAAAUAUGCAAAAUUUAGAACAUUUAGAUUUGUCACACAACCAAAUAAAAAACAUGCACAUUGCAUCUUUGCAUGGGUUACUUGUUUUACAAUCCUUAAAUCUAAGUUAUAAUCAUUAUACGGUUGAUAAAUAUUUAAUAUUUAAUACACCUAAAUUAUCAUUCUUGGAUAUCAGUUACAAUAAUUUAAGUGACAUUGAUGAAACAUUAUUUAAAGGAUCGCAUUUGAGCUCAAUUAAUAUCGAUGGUAUGCAACUGAGUUGUACAAGAUUAGUCGAAAUAGUUAAAUAUUUUAAAACAUUAAAUAUUAAUUGUGUUGCUGGAAAAGAACAAAAUCGUUUACAUCUAUUUGGAAUGCAUUGUAAUCAUUCCGAUGUAAUAGAAUCCACUACAAUGCAAAACAUUAUCGAAUCUACCAACAUACCAAAUUCUGAUAUUCAAUUGUCUAAUAAUAAAAUACUAUCAGAAGUAUUAAACGUACUAAAACAUAUCAAUAAUAAAAAUUUGAAUGCAAAUCUUACUCAAGUAGUUACUCAAGUUCACGAUGUGCAAGAGAAAUCUGACAAAACUACUCAUGUUUUAUUUAUAUUACUUAUUUUACUUAUUUUAAUGCUUUGUCUUAUACUUGUAUUUCUUCCUUAUAUCUGGCGCAAAUUUGAUAGAACAAAUCAGUAUGUACCAACUGAAAAUCUAAUCACUGAUUUUGAAUUAUCUAAUAGAUAAUUUGCUUAUAACUAAACAAAACUAUCAAAUCAAUAUUGUAAUGUAAAAUAUCAUUAAGUUUACAAUUGUAAUAAUUAGUUGUUAGUUAUUGUAUAAGUAUAUCUAUUACUAUGUAUACAUACCCAAAACAAACUGCCAAUGGACAUUUGGUCAUCUUUAAUAUGUCAGAAUACUGCCAUUACCACCGAGGACAUCAAUAUCAAUCAUCAUUAGCGAAUCUUCAAAAGAUUUCACUAAAUGGGAUUGACGGAAAUUCUAGGAGAUUUUCUACAACAACUUUCGCUGUUUGUCAGCUUCCAGACAAUUCAUCUAUAUUUACAUUCAGAAAUAUAUCAAAUCGCUUCGCAACGCGUCGCAUUCCUGGAAUUCUCGGUAUCUCCGAUGUCGUCGCUGGUCCCAUGCCACGACGUUGCUUUGGAGUUGUUAUCAUAAGCACCGCUGCCUGAAGACAAGGUGAAUCAAAGUUGACUUUGGCUUCUUAUUGGGAUAUAUUCGUACAUUACAAAGAGAGUUUCUACAAUGUGCAUACCUGAUUAAUCGGAUUGACUAUUUGAUGACAUUUCGAAAUGAAAUUUUUCUCGCUCUGCCAAAUCAGUUGCGCCCACGCCUGGUGCUCGCCGGCGACGACUUUGAAUCGUUCGACUAACCCGGUGUACUACACAAGUUUCAUGCGAUAUUUGGCGCAAGUUUUAUUUCCAGACGAUUUUAAAUUCAAGUUAUUCUCUUUUAAUGAUUUUGCGAUUAAUUGCGCAAGAGUUUCGGAUUCUUUAAAUACAUCUUUUAAUUUCUUACUUAUUCCUAAAAUGUAAACACUUUAAUAAAUGUAGCCUA